UGGGCCCGUAUCCUCGAGAGCUAUUAACUUUUACUCUUAAAGUUACUAUCAAAGUUAAUAGUUUCAAAUUAUUAAGAGUAAAAGCUAUCCUCGUCAACUUUGAGUGUAGGUAUUAGCAAAUCCUGGCUACUAUUAUCUUCUUCUUCUUCUUUAUGGCGGGCUCGUUGCUAAGGACGCCUCCGUGCAAAACGUAAACAUCCGACAUGAAUUAAGUAUAUAUUUCAAAAGAAAAAUAAAGAAAAGAUGUAUAAAUGUACAACAGAAACAUAAUAAAUGGCAAACACAAGAAAAUACUGAGUUUUGUGGCAGAUAGAAGCAGCCUCAAAGGCUGUUUUUACUCCGUCACUCGUCAAUACCCUUAUCUCCCCGCCUGCGUCACGACUUGCUCUGCUGAAAUUACCGCACCAUAACCACGUCAUCUGCCCCAAUGAUCUACGGGCCGGAGAACCAGCGCAGAAAAGGAGUAAGUUUAAUUGGUCGCCAGAUGAAACGGUCUUCUUACAUCAAAUUCAAGAAAAAAUACGUAUAAUCAGAGGGUGUUAUGGGAAGAGUAUCACCCCUGAGGAUAAGAAGAGCGUGGACUGAAGUGGCAGAAGCUGUAACAAGUGCCUUCCCUGGGAGUGGACCCCGUACGCAGGAUGACUGUGAGAGGCGUUGGUACAACGUACAACAAAAAUCAAAGCCUUGCAUUGCCAAGUGCAAGAAUGAGCAGCGGCAGACUGAUACACACUUUAUCAGUAUUGCUAGAGACCAUCCCAGCACAUUGUUCAUUACUUGUGGAAAAGAUACCAUUAGCUGCUCCGGCAACAGCCACUGCUUCAAUAUCUGCUGGCCCUAUGACACCAGCCACUGCUUCAUCAUCUGCUGGCCCUAUGACACCAGCCACUGUUUCAUCAUCUGCUGGCCCUAUGACACCAGCCACUGCUUCAUCAUCUGCUGGCCCAAUGACACCUGCCACUGCAAGGGAUGACAAUGAAGCUGCUCCACCAUUCACCACCUACUUCAUCGGAG